AGCUCUGAUGGCACUGAACCAGGCUCAUCUUCAAAGGUUGAGUUUCCACUUCAUGAGUGUGUGUACAAAGGAAAAAUAAAGAAAAUUCCUCACCUGCUCAGGCAUCAUGACAUUGAUGAAAAGGAUAUGCAUGGGAAUACGCCACUUCAUUUAGCAGUUAUGCUGGGCCAGAAAGAGAUCGCCAUGCUGCUGCUGGCCCGCAACGCCACCGUCAAGAUCCGCAACACGCAUGGCUGGAGCCCGCUGGCCGAGGCCAUCAGCUACGGCGACCGGCAGACAGUGUCGUCGCUGCUGCGGAAGCUGAAGAGCCAGUCACGGGAGCAGAUGGACCGGCGGCGGCCGGCGCUGGUGGCCGCCCUCCACCAGAUCCCCGACUUCUACAUGGAGAUCAAGUGGGACUUCCAGACCUGGGUGCCGCUGCUGCACCGGAUCCUGCCCUCGGACACGUGCAAGAUCUACAAGCGCGGCGCCUCCAUCCGGCUGGACACCACGCUGGUGGACUUCGCCGACUUCAAGUGGGAGCGCGGCGACAUCAGCUUCCUCUUCAACGGCGACGCGCCGCCCUCCCAGUCGCUGUGCGUGCUGGACAACAAGCUGCGCGUGUACCAGACAGUGCGGUAUGAGGAGACGGAGCUGGAGAUUGAAGAGGAGAUUGACAUUCUGAUGAGCAGCGAUAUUGUAUCAGCCCAGAUGUCCACUAAGUCCAUCACUUUCACGCGAUCUCAGCAGGGAUGGUUCUUCCGGUCGGACAGAAAGGAGAUGGUCGGCAAGUACGACGCCGACUUCUAUGACGUGCAUGGCGUGGUGUUGGAGACGCGCAAGCGGCGCGAGCACCUGUCCGCCGAGGACCUGCAGAAGAACAAGGCGCUGAUGGACACCAUCACGCGCGGCAGUGCCCACCAGCUAGACACCGAGGAGAUCCGAGAGCCGCCGCACCGAACCUCGCUGGAGCCGCCGGCGGCGCCGGCUAUCUCCUGGGAGGAGUACCUGACGGCUGACCCGGCCAACGCGCCGCACGUCGGCCGCGCCAUCAUCUCCAAAGUCAGCUGCAAGCGCUUCAAGAACGCCACGCUGGCCAUGAGUCAACAGUUCCCACUGACGGUCAGCAUGCUAUUGGACGUUUUGGACGUCGUGGCGCCCUUCAAGCACUUCAGCAAGCUCAAGCAGUUCGUCCAAUGUAAACUCCCACCCGGAUUUCCUGUCAAGCUAGAUAUCCCACUGAUCCCGGCCAUCACCGCCCAGAUCACCUUCCAAGACUUCUACUUCGAGGAUAGCCACCCGAGCCACCUGUUCACGGUGCCGGCCGAGUACACAGAGGACCCGGCCAGGUUCCCCGACUUAUGACACCCAGAAGACGUUUACCUUUGCGGCACGACAUCGACCGCGACCCCGACGGCGGCGGCGGCGGCCGAGGCCGAGCUCGCCGCUGAGGCCGAGCUGGCGCCGGGCGCCGCCGGCCGUCCGCUGACGGUCCACCUGCCCGUCCAGUUUGGCAUCGGCAGUGUCUACUCGUCAGAGCUGUGUGUUCUCAUCUGCUGACCGGUGCGGCGAGGAGGCGCGCCCGCUCCCAGGCGCGCGCUCCGAAGGAGGGCGCGUGCAACGGGGGAGGCUUGCUCGGGCGGCGCACAGGGAACGCAUUGGCCUCAGCAGCUGACGUGUCACUGGCUUUGGCAGCUCCGAAGAACACCGAAUAGUCGCUGGCUUUAGCAGGGUAGCUGGGGGUCGCUGGCGUUAGCAGAGUACCGAGGCUUCGCUGGCUUCAGCGAGUGCUGGCGAGUCACCGAGCUGAGCAGCGGGAGCACUUCUAGCUUUGGCCGCGGAGCCCGGGCUGCGUGAGCGGCAGCGGAGGAGGCAGCCAGAGAGCGCAGUAUGCCCCCGUCGCGUGCGGCGCACUGAACGGCGCAGACCAAGCCCCGCCCGGCGAGGCGAGUCUUCGCAGACCCACGCGACUGCCGAGAAGCACCGCGUUGAAUGCUGGCUG